AUGGCUCCAACACCCCCCGCGGCCUCGCCCUCGGCGGCCACGACCUCGAGCACCGACUCCAAGAUGGAGGUGUGGAAGGAGACGCUGUACGACCACUUCCAAAAGGCCGGCGACGAAGACCAGCUCUUCACCCAGUACGACAUCCUCGACUUCGACGUCAUCCCGAACCGCGACACCGUCACCCUCCUCAAGGUCCUCCAGAGCCUCACCAAUGACCGCCUCCUCAUCGCCGUCUCCUCCCAGACCGGCCUCGCCUGGCGAUGGCGUUCCGUCGAAGAUGCCGAAAAAUACAAGCUCUGCUCGACCGACGAACAGCGCAUGGUCUACGGCGCAAUCGACGAGGCCGGCGGCGACGGCAUCUGGUCCAAGUCCAUCCAGAACCGCCUCAACAUGCACGACUCCGUUCUCAAGACGGCUCUCAAGCAGCUCCAGGGCAAGGGCCUCAUCGCCCCCUUCAAGAAUGUCGAGCACCCCAACAAGCGCAUGUUCAUCAAGGCCUCCAUGCGGCCUUCGGAGCGCGCCACCGGCGGGCCCUGGUUCACCGACUCGGCACUCGACGAGGCCUUCAUCGAGGAGCUGCAGCGCGUCAUCUUCGACUAUAUCAAGAAGAAGAGCACCUACCUGAGCACCGGCUCCUCCGGGACCCGCACAGCCGUGCCCAAGAAGGGCGUCCUGAAGGGCGGCCUGGACGCAAAGGGCAAGAAGCGCGGCGCCUCCGAGAUGUCGGGCGUCGACGACGAGGCCGGUGCAAAGAGCGCCGUCCUCGCCGUUCAGCCUCCCAAAAAGGUGCCCGUAAACCUGCCCCUGCCCGCCGGCUACAAGGAGUACCCGACCGUACGCGAGAUCGCCCGCUUCAUCUCCCAGUCCGGCAUCACUUCGGACACCAUCCUCGGCGAGGAGGACAUGCAGAAGCUCAUCGACGUGCUCGUCUUUGACGGCCUCAUCGAGCCCAUUCGCAUCUCGGGCCACCUGGGCUACAGGGUUACCCGCGCGCCCCGGCAGAGCACAACCAACUGGGCCGCGAGGCAGGGCGGCGGGCCCGACGAGGGCGGGCCGGAGCCCUUCGUCAACGGCUACACCGAGGCUCCCUGCGGUCGGUGUCCCGUCUUCGACCUCUGCGAGGAGGGCGGCCCCGUGAGCGCGAGCAACUGCGUCUAUUUCAACCGGUGGCUGGGUCUAGAAUGA